AUGAAAUACAUCCUGGUCACCGGAGGAGUCAUCAGUGGUUUGGGGAAAGGCAUCAUUGCCAGCAGCAUUGGAGCUAUCCUCAAGUCACGAGGUAUCCGAGUGACAUGCAUUAAAAUCGAUCCCUACCUGAACAUUGAUGCAGGGACAUUUUCUCCUUGCGAGCACGGUGAGGUCUUUGUUCUUGAUGAUGGUGGCGAAGUUGACCUUGAUCUGGGCAACUAUGAACGUUUCAUGGAUGUGACCUUGACCCGAAACAACAAUAUUACAUCGGGGAAAAUUAAUGAGCUUGUAAAAACGAAAGAGAGGAGAGGAGACUAUCUUGGGACAACUGUGCAAACUAUCCCAGAUGCCAUAGAUGUCAUUCGAGGCUGGGUGGAAAAAGUGGCAAAUACUCCUACUGAAGGGAGUGAGAAGGCUGAUGUUUGUAUUAUUGAGCUUGGUGGCACCAUUGGAGACAUAGAAAACACAUCAUUUGCAGAAGCUUUAAAAGAUUUACAGUGGGACAAUAAAAGAAACAUGUGUCAUGUACAUGUAACCCCUAUUAUAGCAGAGUUUGGAAAUGAACAGAAAACCAAGCCUGCCCAGGGUAGCUGUAGAAAGGUCAUGGAGCUUGGACUUCCUCCAAAAGUGCUGAUCUUGCGAACUAUUGAGCCGUUGUGCGAAUCAGCAAGAAAGAAGAUGUUGCGAUAUUGUCGUGUUAAUCCCCAGCAGGUGUACAAUGUACCCAAUGUGCGUCUGAUCUAUCAAGUGCCACUGCUGAUGCAGUCCCAGGGAAUAGAUGAGUUUCUUAUCAAGCGCUUAAAUUUGGAAACUGUUGAUGUCACUGCCCAUCAUCCCAUGGCAAUGUGGAAAGAGCUAGUGGACAGACAUGACCGACCGUUGAAUGAAGUCCGCAUUGUUUUGGUUGGAAAAUACACAGAAAUGUUGGAUGCAUAUCUAUCUGUCAUCAAAGCCCUGCAGUAUGCCUCUUUGGCCAUCAACCGUAGACUUAAUCUCAAGUGUAUAAAUGCCAGUGAUUUAGAGCCAGCAACUCUUAAAGAGGACCAGGAGAGGUAUCACACAGCUUGGAAAGAAGUCACUGAGUCCAGUGGUAUGAUUGUUCCUGGAGGUUUUGGCGACCGAGGAACUGAAGGAAAGAUCUUGGCUUGCAAGUGGGCCCGAACUAACAACCUCCCAUUCUUGGGUGUGUGUCUGGGGCUGCAAUGUGCUGUCAUCGAAUUUGCACGCAAUGUCCUGAACUGGCAAGGUGCAAAUUCCACAGAGUUUGAUGCGGCUACAAAACAUCCAGUGGUUAUAGAAAUGCCAGAACAUAAUCAAGGUCAAAUGGGUGGAACAAUGCGACUAGGCAAGCGGAAAACAAAGUUCACAACAGAGACAAGCAUUUUACGUAGACUGUACAAUAAGCAGGAGUUUGUAGAAGAGAGACAUCGACACAGAUAUGAGGUGAACCCAGACAUGGUGUCUGCUUUUGAGAAAAAAGGAAUGAAGUUCACAGGCCGGAGUGAGGAUGGAGAAAGAAUGGAGAUUAUGGAGUUGGAAGGUCACCAAUAUUAUGUGGCAGUCCAAUUCCACCCGGAAUUUACCUCGCGGCCAACAAAGCCCUCACCACCAUUCCUCGGCCUUCUCCUUGCUGCCUCCAACAUGAUGAGACCCUAUCUGGAUGGUGACUUCCAGCCCACACCCCUGAUGCCCCCAUCUGAGGAGGCUCCAAAGAACGGCCCUGUGAAUGGCACAGAGGAUCAUCCCCUGAUGCCCCCAUCUGAGGAGGCUCCAAAGAACGGCCCUGUGAAUGGCACAGAGGAUCAUAUGAAGGAUAGCACACCAGAACAGUCUGUCAAAUCAGAUUAA